AUGACAGGGGACAACAAUAUUACAGAAAUUACCUAUUUCAUCUUCUUGGGAUUCUCAGAUUUCCCUCAAAUUAUAGCAGUUCUCUUCAUUGUGUUUCUAUUGAUCUAUAUUUCCACUCUGACCUGGAACCUGUGCCUUAUUGUGCUAAUAAGGGUGGACUCCCACCUCCACACACCCAUGUACUUUUUUCUUAGUAAUCUAUCCUUCAUAGAUAUCUGCUAUGUAACCUCUACAGCUCCCAAGAUGCUCUCAGGAUUCUUCCAAAAGCAGUCAACCAUCACCUUUGUGGGUUGUGCUAUUCAGUACUUUGUAUUUUCAACCAUGGGAUUGAGUGAAUCUUGCCUAAUGACGGCCAUGGCUUAUGACCGCUACACUGCCAUUAGUAACCCACUUCUCUAUUCAUCGAUCAUGUCACCCACCCUAUGUGGUCGAAUGGUGUUGGGAACCUAUAUGGCUGGACUCUCAGGUUCUGUAUCCCAAUUGUGUGCCAUGCUUCAACUCCACUUCUGUGGUCCCAAUAUCAUCCAUCACUUCUUCUGUGACAUGCCCCAAUUGAUACUCUUGUCCUGCACUGACACUUUCUUUAUACAGCUCAUGUUGGCCAUAUUAACAAUGGUUUAUGGGAUAACAAACGUUGUACUCAUCAUGAUAUCUUAUAUCUAUAUUGUCCUCUCUAUCUUAAAGAUCACUUCCACUAAAGGCAGAGUCAAAGCUUUCAAUACAUGCGCAUCUCACCUGACAGCUGUCACCCUCUUCUACACCUCAAGUGUCUUUGUAUACUUAAGCUCCAGCACUGGCAGUUCCUCAGCCUUUGACAGGUUUGCAUCAGUCUUCUAUACUGUGGUGAUCCCUAUGUUGAAUCCUUUAAUUUACAGCUUGAGGAACAGAGAAAUAAAAGAUGCCAUGAAGAAGUUUCCAAAGAGAAGGUAUUGCUGA